AGUUUGCCCUCCUGCUUUGCGAACAUGUAGUUAUUUUUCCGCUUCAUGAACUUGAGAUUCACUUACAUUGAAAAUUUUAGGGUCAUUUUACCAAGUUGGUCUCAUGCAAUCUGCUAUUGAUUGUUUCUCACUUAUUUCCACCAUAAAUUUGGCUUAUGCAAUACAUGAAUCAUUUUUUGAAACUUAUUUCGGUCAAAAGUUUGGCUCAUGCAAUAAUUCAUUGUUCGAUACUAUUCCCAUCGAUUUCUCCUAGUAAAUGCUCUUCAACAAAUUGUCACUAAAAUGGGAGCAACGAACUGGAGCUUCAAUGGCGAUACAUGUGAAGUGGAGACUAUUGUGCCUUCGCCACCAAGUGGGUCUGAGGGUUAUGUUGAAUGUAACUGCAACUUUAAUAACCUCACUGUCUGCCAUGUCACGAAAAUUGUGAUAAAAGGUUAUGAUCUUCCUGGAGCUCUUCCACCCGAACUCGUGCAGCUCCCCUACCUUGAAUUGAUUGAUUUUGCCUACAACCUCCUCACUGGUACAAUCCCACAAGAAUGGGCUACAACACAGUUGAAUUCCUUCUCUGUUCUUGUAAACCGGUUAUCAGGGCAAAUACCAAGGUUUUUAGGAAACAUGAAAAAUCUCACUCACGUGUAUGUCUUCUAUUGAACUUCCCUCAAUAGAUUUAUUGAUACAUUUGGUUAUUGGAGUCUGGUAAUGGGUAAAAUUGUAAGGUGCUGGUAACACCACGAUUGAUUUAGCUGACAGCAAUUUACAUUUUAGUUUAUUAGUUUU